AGGCCGUCUCUAUGGUGAGAAGGAGGCGGCGGAGGUGGAGGCGGAGAAGCGCGACCGCAGCGGCCCCGGCGCAGGUACCAAAGUAUAGGGGGACAAAAAAGGUGCUUUAGGAGGCGAAUCUUGGAUCUGCUGGAUGAGGAGCUGCUGCCUGUUGGCGCCUGAGGCGCCCCCGCGGCGCGCCCCGCCUCUGCCCGCCAUGCCCGCUGCCCAUGCCGACCAGAGCCCGCGCAUCCGGGAAGUUUGGGCUUGCAACCUGGACGAGGAGAUGAAGAAAAUGCGACCCGUUAUCCAGCAGUACAAUUACGUGGCUAUGGACACGGAGUUCCCAGGUGUGGUGGCCAGACCCGUGGGAGAAUUCAGAAGCUAUGCUGACUACCAGUACCAGCUGCUGAGAUGCAAUGUGGACUGGCUGAAGAUCAUCCAGCUGGGACUGACGUUUAUGAAUGAGCAAGGAGAGUGCCCUCCAGGAACCUCCACGUGGCAGUUCAAUUUCAAAUUCAAUUUGAAGGAGGACAUGUACGCACAAGAUUCCAUCGAGCUCCUCACCAUGUCAGGGAUCCAGUUCAAGAAGCACGAGGAGGAGGGCAUCGAGGCACAGUAUUUUGCAGAGCUCCUGAUGACAUCAGGAGUGGUGCUGUGUGAAGGGGUCAAGUGGCUCUCCUUCCACAGUGGCUAUGACUUUGGCUACUUCAUCAAGAUCCUCACCAACUCUCCCUUGCCCGAAGAAGCCCAAGACUUCUUCGAGAUCCUUCGACUCUUCUUUCCUGUCAUCUAUGACAUCAAGUACCUCAUGAAAAGCUGCAAAACCCUCAGGGGCGGACUGCAGGAAGUGGCCACUCAGCUGGAGCUGGAGCGCAUUGGCUCCCAGCACCAGGCGGGGUCCGAUUCCUUGCUCACAGGUAUGGCCUUUUUCAAAAUGAGAGAAAUGUUCUUCGAAGACCACAUUGACGAUGCCAAGUAUUCUGGAUACUUGUACGGCCUUGGUUCUGGAGCAUCCCACGUCCAGAAAAAUGCCCAGAACAGUGGCCAGAACACUGUCCAGAGCAGCUUCCAGAACACCUUCCAGAGCAGUUUCCAGAGCAGCUACCCUAGCAGCUUCCAGAACAACUACCAGAACAGUUUCCAGAACAGCUACCAGAACAGUUUCCAGAACAGCAUGCAGGAUGUCCAGAAUGUCCAGUAUGUCCAGUAUGUCCAGUAUGGCAGAGAACCCAUAUGGAGAGGAGACCGGCAAGCAUUCAUGAGCAUGCAAGAGAUGCCACCGUUUGAGGCUGAGGACCAUCAAUUCUACACCUAUGGAGAGUGAAUCAGCUCAGAUCCUGUUUUCCUAGAAGGUUGAAGUUUCCUUGAUGUUUGCCUGAAAAGUGAUCAUCUGCCAGUUUCACACAGCAUUCCCUGUUUUGGACCCAUGGAGCAGAGUACAUUCACUGUGCUGUAAAUUGUUGACUCAGCUUAAGCUAACCCAAGAAGGAAAAGAACUUAGGGACUGCUUUUCCUGCUCUUUCAUCUUCUAAGCACCUCUAGUGUUCUUGGUUUUAAAUUGCUAUAUGUAUUAGAUCUGUGACUGACUAAAUGUUUCAAUCCAGCUUUAAACCCUUCAGCAAAGUCCCCUGUGACUGGCUUUUCAAGGUCUAUCAGGGAGCUGGCAUCCAAGGAACAUCAGCCUGAAGUUCUGUUGACAGCAUCUUUCCUUUUAUCUACUUCUGCCUUUUAAUUCUACUAACACUUCUUCUUUCUCCUUCCCCCUCCCUUCACCCUUUUAAUAUCAUCAUGUUUACCAUGUGCUUGAUUUGAUGAUUCUGCAAGUCAACUUCAUAAUAGAAAGUCCAAAGAGAGCAAAGUCACCUUAGGUAUAUUUUAUACUAAAUUAAAUUUGAAGAAAUAAGAUUGUGCUUUUGUAGUUGCUAGAAAGACAAAACUAAUUCAGAGUCUAGUUGUACAACAACAAAAAAUCCCCAAAAUUAACUUGAAUAAUAUUAGUCAUCUGAGGACUAUAAUGAUUAUUUAUUUUUGUGUGUAUAUUUUUGCCAUAUAUUUUCUAUCUAUUGACAGAAAUAACUGUGAAGUACUUUCUUAGCCAUGCAGAGUGUGUGACCAGGCCAGAGCACGUGAAGGAAGAAUUUGGUCAUGGGUAAUUAAAUACUAGUCAGAAGUGAUGGAUGGCAAGUGUGUAUGUGUAUGUUAUCUGCACUUCAAUCAGUAAUAUUAUCUGUUUGCCAGAUGAGCUUGUCUCUCUUGUCUUUUAAUACCCUUUUCUCAUUAAGUUUGCUAGAACCUUGACUCAGUGGGAAACAUGGAUUGAGUGAACUUCAAAGGAGGAAAAGUUAUGGGGUGUUGGUGGUAGAGGGAGAUGGCAGUGGGGAGCAAGGAAUAUUCCAACUCCUCCACCUUGA